AGUGUAUAUAAUACCGAGCCCAUGUUAGGCCCAAAGAAAGAUUGAUGAACCCGCGCUCCCUAUUCUAUUCUUCUUCUUCUUCUUCUCAUUUUUGCGUUCCGCUCUGUUUUGCAGCAACCAAGCCAUUCACGCAAGAAUAUGGACACAUCAAAUCCUGCAGUUUUUGUCAAUGCAGAACUCUUGCAGUUUUAUGUUGGAAGGAGGGUUCGGGCUGUGAUGCAGGUUGUGCGAUCCGAGGGGGGCGUUGUCAUUGGAAAAUCAACAGAUGAGAAGCAGCUAGUUGUGAAAGGACCACCCCCACCUGCACCUCUUACAAAUUUUGUUGAAGUUAUUGGCAUUGUUGACAAUGAUAGAUCCAUUCGAGCUGAGAUAUGGACCAAUUUUGGCAAUGUGAUUGAUAUGUUCAGCUACAAUAAGCUUUGUCAGCUUGCAAAUGGAGAAUUUAAGCACUUGUUUGUGUGAGGUAUAACGAGCUCUAUCUGAUGAUGAUAUGAAGUCCCCUCUGAAACAUGUGCAGAACCGGAGAUAUUAUCAUUUUGUCUGGGUAUUUGUUGGAAACUAUUUUCACUGAUUAUAAUUGAAAUAUCAAUCUGAUUUUUACAGAGUUGUCUGUCGUGUUUUACAUCCUCGGUUGUCAGCAUAUCCUUGUGCUUUAAAUCUGCAAUCAUCAGCAUUGCACGAGUUUUAGGCAUUCCAUGCUUAAGCAUACAGUGUGUACUUUAGUCAUGUUCAUGUUUCUUUUCUGCCCUAAAAGUGUGAACCAUUAUUAAUAGAUUCAUAUUACUGCA